AUGGCGACGAUGAAGAUGAGGAUGAUGAAGGCACUGCCCACAGUCCGGUCUACAGUGUGGCUAAUUUUCUUGGCAUCAGUGCUGAACAUCAACCACAUGAACGUAGCAGUUGCUAAGAUAACUUGUUACGUGGAGCCUAUGUUGACCGAUCCACUUCCUGCAGAACUCAGUCCGUCAUUUUGUGUCUCCAAAUACACUUUCUGUAGUGCCUGGCGAGGUUACGACUCAAGCGGCGUCUUGACUUAUUCAUUUGCUUGCUCAAACUACGAGUCGACAUCGUCAGACGUGCAAGUUAACACCUGCUACAAAAACAGCUCAUACGAUAGCUACAAAAACAUCACUGGAUGUUUUUGCAAUGAUUCUGGCCUUUGCAACGAUCCCACCAUUUUUACCAGACUGCCUCUAGCCACAACUACCACUACUUCUACCACUACAACAACCACUACAACCACAACCACCACAACUACCACAAUAACAACAACAACAACUACUACUACUACUACAGCUACUACUACGGAUAUUAACAAUUUUUAUAAAUUUAAAAGUCUGCUCAAAGUGCUGUUAAUAAAAAAUGAUGAUGAUGAUGAUGAUUGUGACGAUGGUGACGAUGACGAUGAACUGUCACUGGCCGUUGUGGACGAGGACAACUAUUCUGUUGUUAUCGUUAAACCGCUUGACGGCAAAAGUUAA